AUGGGUUCCAAGGUUUCAGCAUCAACUCUCUUCCUUGUUUCCCUCAACCUUGCUUUUUUCAGUUUGGUUAGCUCUCAAACUUCUCCAACAUGCCCUCAAGAUCUGGGCGUUUGCCAAUCAGCCCUGACAUCGGCCUUCUUUGGGGCGAGACCAAACCCUGGCAGCGAAUGCUGCAAACGGUUUCACGGUCUGAGUGAUGCCGAUGCAGCCGAUUGCAUGUGCCGAAUCCUGAGAGCCAAUAGUGACAGAAUUCCCGUCAGCCACAACACUGUGAAGAAUAUGUUCAUGAGGUAUUGCGGCAGGAACUCCAACACCAACAAUUGCCCAUGA